UGGAGAGAGAGAGAGAGAGAGAGAGAGAGGAGGCAGUGAUGGAGGCGAAGGGGGAAGCGAGAGGAGAACGAGGAGUUCAUGGAAUCAUAUGCAAGCGAUGCAAAGAAAGCUUCGAUCCGUCCUCGAAUACAUCUUCAUCUUGCCGUUUCCACCCUUCCUUCUUCGUUUGCCGACGACACGACGAUCAGAAAAGGUAUUAUGAACUUGGUCCCAAUGAUCCUCCAUAUGCUGCUAAAUUUUAUGAUUGUUGUGGUGCUGAGGACCCAGAAGCACUGGGAUGCACCACUGAUUUCCAUGUAUCCUAUGAUGAGAACUGAAUUAAAAAAGCUCAAGUUGCUAAUCUAUAACUCAUGUUCUUGCAUGAUGGAAUGAUGAGACAAAUUCUAUAUAAGUCAAUAAUGAUAAUAAGUGGCAGUAAAUCAUAAAAGCUGGUUAUGAAGUUGGUUGUUCAAGGUUGCACACUGUACAUGAAGGGGUGGAUGGAAGGUUUGUUCUGGUGGUCAAAUUUAAGUCUGUGCUGUAUAUCUAAUUAUGUGUUUUUUUCAGUAUAUAUGAAGGCUGUACUUAUCAACUUUUAUGGAAAUAGAUUGACAGUUUAAUGGGUUGGAA